UUAGAGGCCAGCGGCGCAUGCGCACACCGGACUGGAGCACUGGCGCACGAGCGCAGCAGCAGCGGCAUCAGGAGAGACUGGAGCCAGAGGGAGGAAGGGCGCACUCGGCUUUAUUUUCUCCAACUACCCCCAAACAUGUCCGGCUUUGACGACAACCCUUUUGUAGAGCCGGUGGACGUAAACCCUUUCCAAGAUGCCUCGGUCACAAACGCCACCAGUGGAGCCAAUGAAAACCUGGGAGACUACAACCCCUUCUCUGCUCCUAAAGUGGGAGACUACUCUGUGAGUGGGACCACCAUUCCCAUCUCUGCGGUGUCUACGUCCCAACCUGCGGUGCUGCAGACGUCUGUGGAGCAGAGUGCAAAGGCCAAUGCGAGUGUUGGUGCUGCGAGUCUGGCCAAACAGCAGGAGGAGCUAGAGAAGAAGGCGGCUGAGCUUGAGAGGAAGGAGCAAGAGUUAAAUAAGCGCGGUGCGGCCCGACCCAGCUCUGGAGUGAAGGAGAACAACUGGCCUCCUCUGCCCAACUUCUUCCCGGUGAAGCCGUGUUUCUACCAGGACUUUGAGGAGGAGAUCCCAGAGGAGUACAGGAGGAUCUGCAGGAGGAUGUACUACCUGUGGAUGUUCCACAGUGCCACCCUGUUCCUGAACGUCCUGGGCUGCUUGGCUUACUUCACAGCGGGCUCCACCACGCACGGGGUAGACUUUGGCCUGUCCAUCCUGUGGUUUGUGCUCUUCACCCCCGUGGCCUUUGUGUGCUGGUACAGGCCAGUGUACAAGGCAUUCAGGUCUGACAGCUCGUUCAGCUUCUUCUUCUUUUUCUUUGUCUUCUUUUUCCAAGUUGUGGUGUACAUCAUCCAGACGGUGGGCAUCCCGGGCUGGGGCAACAGUGGCUGGAUCGCAGCCAUCAGCAUGAUCCAGGUCAAUCUGGCUGUGGCUGUCACCAUGCUCGUGGUGGCAGGAUUCUUCACUGUCAAUGCUAUGCUGGGCGUCAUCCUCCUCAAAAUGGUGCACUCAAAGUACCGGAGGACAGGGGCCAGCUUCUCCAAGGCCCAGCAGGAGUUCUCUCAGGGCGUCCUGACCAACCGCACCUUCCAGAGCGCUGCCUCCACCGCCGCCUCCAGCGCUGCCCAGGGAGCCUUCAGCAGAAACUGACCUCACAGCGCCCCCUGUCAGGUGCCUGUGUGAAGGACUAGUCAUACACCAGUGGAUACUUUAAAGGAGAUAUAUUGUGCAACAUUUCGGAGCUUUUAACUGUUAUAAUUGUUUCCCCUUCUCAUUUACCCUCGCAAAGUUGUAUUUAGUUUGGAGCAAUGCUGUUUUGAAUACAGGAGAAUUAAAAUUGCUCAAUCACUGCUCUUUGCAUAAUACCCCCUAUUUAAAAAAUGUAUAUGGAGAAUGAAGUAAUUUAUUUACAUUUUUUAAUUUUUUUAUACACAGCAACUUGACGGACCUGAUGCGAUGUGCAGUUGUGUGGUGAUAGCGUUGUGAAAGGGUGACUUGGCACGGACAGCAAAGGUAGGGGGGGACUUACAAAACAUGUUAAUAUGCUGUUUUGGGCAAAUAUAGAAUAAAAGAUUACAUGGUGAGCUAAAUAAGUUGUUUUAAUAGUUAAUACCCCAUAGCAGUAAAAUACUCCCUCUUUUUAAUCAUUGAUACACAUAGACUUCUGCAGCGUUUGCAGGCUCUCCAUAGGAGGUACAGAACUUUGUGAUGUUUAUAGCAGCGUACUGUAAAGGGGCAGGCGGGAAUCUGCUCAUAAUACCUCAUUGGUAGUCAUUUUAGUCAUUUUAGUUCCAUGUUAUGAUUUAAAAUGUCCAAAAUAUGACAAUGAUUCACAGGUCUCUCAAAAGCACAAUAUGUCUUCUUUAAAACAAAUCCCUCAUUGCAAAAAAUACUAAAGUGGUGGCAGGUCACACUACAUCUUUUGAGUCUAAUCGGCGCAUGCUUGAAGAUUUUUUUUCUAUAAAUUUAACUGAUGAUGAAACACUGCAUGGACUUCACCAGAGCAACGUUACUCUACUGUUGAAUCAUUGUUACUUGGCACGUUUGUUGUGAAUAAUGUAAGAUAUAUGCUGCUUAUUAUAAAAGAAGGACAACUUCACAGUGCAUAUGACAGGUUUUCAUGUUUUGCUAAUUAUUACUUGGUUUGGUGAAAUACACUAGGCCUACCUGUGAUGAAGUGAAAAGCAUAGACAUAAUUGUAUAUGGAUGCAGCAUUUCACAAACUUCUGGUUUAUAUGUUACUGGAGAGGAGACAUUAUAAAUGACGUAAAUAUUAUGAGCAUCGAACGCUCCCUCACAUAUACUUGUGAGGGAGUGUUCGAUUUAAUGUAAAUCCGGUCAGUGGUGGCUAGCCAAGUGAUCGAGUUAUAGCCAUUAUUUCAAUAUUAUUAUAUUUCAUGGUUGUAGCAAAGGGCAGGUAUGGAGAAUUUUGAAUCUAUGAAUGUCUAUGGUAAAGAGUACAAACAUACAGGAAGUAAUGGUGAGUUAUAAAAGAGAAUACCUCUACCUACAUUAGAGGUAGAGAGAUAAUCUAGGUGCAAUGGAGGCAUUUUGCUGUUAGUUUAAACCUUCAUUUAACAAAAUUAACUUGUCAUUUAUUUUUAUUAGUCUAAACAUAACCUUUGUGUAAUUUACAUUUUGGCCCUUGUUGACAUUAUGGUUGCUAGAUAACCAUUAUGGAAUUACCUAAACGCAUGUCACCUCCUGCCCGUGUCCAACCAGGAAGUAAAAUUAAAAACUUCACCAAAAUUACAAAUAUAGAUUAAACCAGACAGGUUAUUUAGUCAAAUCUUAAAUAUAAUUAUGCUAACUGUUUUAGUGAAAUGAAUAGUCUAACCCGUCAUAUGCACUUUAUACGUAAUGAAGUUUGAUGAAAUGGUGCAAAAAGCCAUACUGUGGAAUGGAGCAGAAAGAGCACAUUUAUGAGCAGAAGAACACAAUAGUGAAUGUAAUAGUUGAUUUAAUUUUUUUUUACUGCUGUCUUUUCCUCUGGGUGGGUUUGUGCCUUAUACACUCUUAGCUGUAGCCUGUUAGCUUUAGCCUAGUGCCUUUUUAAAAGAACCAAACUGGAGGUGUUACAACGAUGAGGGUUACAAAUCUGUCCUUAAGUUCAUGUUUGGGUCUCUUUUUAGUAUGCUUAUAGUGGUGUGUAAAUAUUGGUCUGUUAAAAUGUGGUAUUUAAACAUGGUUCAUAUGGAUACUAAAUAUUGUUGAUUUAAAGUGUAAUAAAUUUCUUGUUUCAUUGUG